CACAGACUCUCGAGAUUCAUCUCUGUUGGCUGUGAGAUCUGGUGUUUUUCUACCUGCAAUUGACCUGCGAGCCACCUGCCUUGGACCUGCUACUUACCUGCACUACAUCUGUGAUCCUCUAAUCCAGAACAAGUUUACACACACAUUGAUUCCAUUUAAAAAACACACUUAACUAAUUGUUAAUCCACACACAUACUCCUUCUCCACACAAGCACACAGACACACAAACACACACACACACACACACACACACACAUACACAAUUUGUUGAUUUCCCACUGCCAAGGUAAGUUGAAACAUUUGUGUAUUUGAAGGCUGACGUUGUCUGGUAAAGCAUUGUUUGUGAGUAUGAUUGGUACAGAUUCACUUUGAUUUUUAAAGUUUCAUUGUGAACUUUGAAAAAAUAUUAAUUUUGUUUGUUUUUCAUUCUUAGAUGCCCCGUGCCAAGUCCCACCGUCGUGCCCAGGCCCAGAAGCGGAGGAUGGCGCAGCCGCAGCCAUGGACCCCCCAGCCGCCUGUCCCCGAGUUCGUUGCUCGGCGCGGUACCGGUUACCGCCAUCGCGUGCGGAGAUGGCCAACUUCGGAGCUGACCCAGCGGAGCUUCAAGUUGGUCACUCCAGCCCAGAAGCCGGACCAGAAGAUGGUGUUCGUCGUGGGAGCCUCCCACCUGCGGCCCAUGGUGGAUGGAUUCGUCGCCAUGCCAGAGGUACCUCUCUCUUUUGCUUUUCUGUCUGUUCCAGGUGCACAGGCAGCAGAGCUGAGGACGGAGGUGUCCCACGCCACUCUCCCUUGGACCCCAGACGUUGUCUGCGUGAUGGCCCCCAGCAACAACCUGACAGCCAGCAGGAACAUCGGAGAGGCGUCGCUGGACUUCGGUGCUCUCCUGGCUACAGUCUGCAGCCGCUGGGCGAAGGUGUUUGUGCUGGAUUUCCCUCCACGCCUGAACAUCGAGCCUGGCCUGCAGGAGCUGUUUCGCCAGGAGUUCCGCCGUGUUGCAGCACGCAUGGGUCUCCCGUACGUGUCUGUGGCAGAGCACCUCCCUCUGGAUCGGUUGGAGCUGUGGAGCCGUGACGGUGUGCACCUCAGCGACAGCGAUGGAACACCGAUCCUGGUCCAGGUCCUGUGGGACGCCGCGGUCCGCCAGCUGGCUCCUCCUCCUCCUCCUCCGCCUUCGGUGCCCCCCCGGACUUCGCCUCGUGCCAGGGUCUCCCCCGUGCUGGUCGUGACGGGACACAGCCCCACGCCUCGUCACCGCGACCCACUGGAGUGGACCGUAGUCGGACAGGAGGGCAAGGCUCGAGCAUCUCCGGUGCAAGAGUCUGUCAUCCCGUCCAACCCCGUUUGGUUCAGCGGCGACAUGUUGGAUGCCAUGGAGACGGUUUCUCCUUCUUCAGACGACGAUGACGACACUGCCAUUCCACCAGCUGGCCAGACUUCCCGUGUGAGGCGUUCGCCAAGAGGUGUUGCCACAAGGCGCAGAGGAGGAAAGCGGCAGGUGCUGGCAACACCUUCACCUGCCCGUGUGACCGUGUCCGCCUCCGGGCCCAGACCAGCGGUGCAGCAGGUGGAGGCGACAGUCCAGGAGUCGGCCAGCGUGGUGCCAGGGGUGGUCGUCGGUCGGGAGGAGGUCGCUGCAGCGUUCCCCGCCGUCCUGGAGGUGCUGGCAAGACCUUCACCUGCCCGUGUGACCGUGUCCGCCUCCAGGCCCAGACCAGCGGUGCAGCAGGUGGAGGCGACAGCCCAGGAGUCUGCCAGCGCGGUGCCGGGGGUGGUCGUCGGUCAGGAGGAGGUCACCACAGCGGGCCCUGCUGUCUUAGAGGAGCAACAGAAGAUCGACAAAGCUAAGGCUGUUUUUGUUCCUUCUGUUUGUGUUCGUGAUGUUCAGUUAGAGUCUAACGCUAAUGCUGUGGCAACAGAGGCUAGCAGAGAUAGCAGCAGGAUUAGGCUAGCAAAAGUUGUGUGCGGAUCGUUUCAUCAGGGCGAUGCGCGAUUUGUGUAUGGUGGAGUGCAGUGUAUGGCUAUAGCUUUGGUCAGCUUAGCCAAACACACGGUGAGCAGCACGUUCUUGUGGGACAGGGUGGAUCUGGAUCGCGCGUUGGUUGAAGGUGAUGAGUUGUACACCAGUUUGCGUGACCUCAGCAUCUUCAGCCAUGUGUCUAAUCUGCUGUCUGUGCCAGAUUUGCCACAGCAGUUGGAAUUAGACGGACAGGUAUUUAGGUUCAGUUUUGGUGACACAGUGUUAGGCGAAAUAGGCGUGACCGAAGGUGAAUACAUCGAUUUCGGUGUGUUCACCAGCUUGUGGAAUGGACUGGAGAGGAUCUUCAGUCAAUACACCACAUGUCUUUUGACAAUGUGUGGAAACACCACUGCCAUCGUGCGUGAGGAUGGACGGUUCGCUGUGGUCGACAGUCACUCACGCAGUCAGACUGGCAUGUUACAGUCUAACGGUACAAGCGUGGUUCUGCAUUUCACGUGUCUUGAUGACCUGCACCACUACAUCUGUCGUUUGGCUGACAGUCUCCGUUCGAGGGAGAAGCUCUUUGAGCUGUGUGGUGUUACGGUCAGCACAGGUCCAAGUCCAGCGCGGUCUGGUGUGUCUGUGGAGAGUCUCAUCACUGAGAUGAGUGCUGCUCCAGCACCAGAGUCUAGUGUGCUCACUGAGGCUGGGAGAAAAAGUGUGGUUUCUGCAGGCAGUUCUGCGUCCGAGUGUGGUCUCGGCGUAGCCGCAAGUCCGGCACUGUCUGGCAUUUCUGUGUUGACUUUCUCCAGCGAGGUGAGCAGCGGUUCAGCGGCAGAACCAACAGUGACUGAUGGCAGAAAGCGUGUCAUUUCUUCCGACACUUGUAUGUCGAAGAAAUUCAAGAGCUUCGAUGCUAGCGAGGUCAAUUUUGACGUAGAGUUCAUUAGUGAGGUGAGAAAGGAAGAGCUGGUCUUCCGUCCCCUCGGCGUAGAUGUUUGCUGUGCUUUGUGUAGUAAGUUUAACGUUGACUGUGUGAAGGUUGGUAGUGCAGCAUCCACAGAGGUGGGGUUGUUAGGUGUUCCAUGUAGCAAAGAGAGGAUUGUGGCUGAUGGUAACUGCUUCUUCAGAGCCAUCUCUCAGGCUGUGAGUGGUUCACAGAAGCACCAUCGCAGGAUCAGGCUAGCUGUGUGUAAAGAGUUAGAAAAGAAUGCAGAUAGGUAUCAGAGUCUUUUGAGAAGUGAGUACUCCUCUGUGUUAGAGUACAUUCAGCAGUCCAGGAUGAGACGUGUCGGCAGUUGGGCCACAGAGGUGGAGAUCCAGGCGACAGCGGAUUGUUUAGGUGUUAGUGUGUAUACUUUCUAUGAUGGACGCUGGUUUAAGUAUAGCUGUAACAGUAAACUUUUGUCGGCACAGUGUAUUUACAUAGAGAAUAUCAGGGGACAGCAUUUUGAGAAUGUGAUUUGUGUGUGUAAGCCUGGACUGCAGAGUUGUUACAGUUACUGUAAGGUUAGGGAAGUGUCAGGUUAUAGCAUAAGGUCAAGAAGGAUGGAUGUUGUGGUUGAUAGUGAUAACACAGCGGUUGGGUGUAGUAGUGUAGAAGGUUUUGUUGGUGUAGAGAAUAGUGACAAGGUUGUGGAGGCUGCUAGUGAGGUAGUUUCAGGUAGGGAGUCUUUUAAGUCAAAGUAUCUGAGGCGGAAAAAAGGGGCGCAGGAAAAGUUGGAUAUGUCACUUAGGGAGAAACGGCAGUUUAGGAUUAGGAAGAUAUAUAAAGAAAAUGUGGUGUUCAGGGAGAAGGCAAAGUUGUGGAGUGUAGGGAAUUAUAGUAAGAAUUUGCCCCACAGAGAGAGGGUUAAACAGAUGAGUAUUAGUAAAUACAGAGAAAGCAUUGAACAUAGGGAGAGAGUGAAAGCCACAAGUUUGGUCAAAUAUAGGGACAGCAUUGAGCAUAGGGAGAGAGUUAAAGCCAGGAGUUUUGUCAAAUAUAGGGGUAGCAUUGAGCACAGGGAGAGAGUUAAGGGCAGGGGUUUUGUCAAAUAUAGGGAUAACAUUGAGCACAGGGAGAGAGUUAGGGAGAGAGUUAAGGACAGGAGCUUUGUCAAAUAUAGGGACAGUAUUGAACACAGGGAGAAACGUAGAGAAAGGAUUAAGAGCAAAUAUCGUGGUAGUGUAGAGUACAAGCAGAGAGUGAUUUCCAGUGUGAGGUUAGGAAGAAAGCAGAAGGUAGAGAAGUGUAAAGAUUUUAGUUUUGUUAUGGAGCAGUUUUUAGAAAAGGUCAGAGAUGGACCAGAUUUUGUGUGCUGUGUUUGUCACAGAUUGUUUUUUAGAUAUCAAGUAGUGAGUUGUGCAAGGGAAGCUUAUAGGCAAAGUUCAGCAACAGCUGCUAUUGCAGAUAAGUGUAUAGGUAAGCAUUAUUUGCAUAUCUGUAAUGAGGAGUGUGUUGUGCCAUGUUCCUUGGUGUCAUCGCGUGGUCAGCUGUGGAUUUGUUUCACGUGUCAUGGUAAGCUUAGUGCAGGUGAGAUGCCGGCUGAAUGCUGGGUUAAUAACUUGGAGCUUGAUCCCAUUCCGUCUGAACUGGGAUGUCUGAAUAGUUUAGAGCAGCAUUUGAUAGCUUUGCAUAUUCCGUUUAUGAAAAUGUUGGCACUGCCUAAAGGUGGGCAGAAUGGAGUACAUGGACCGGUGACAUGUGUUCCAGCCGACAUUGUUCAGACAACGAAUGUGUUGCCGCGUUCGAAUAUGGAAGGGUCUCUGCUUCAGGUUAAGCUGAAGCGGAAACUCACGUAUAAAGGCUAUUACGAGUACCAAUUUGUGGAUACGUUGCGUGUAAGACAGGCGCUAGAGUACUUAAAGAGGACAAAUGUUCAUUAUAGGGAUAUAGAGUUUAAUGAGGACUGGGUAAAUGAGUUUGUUAGGCAGGAAGAUAGGGAGAAGGAAGAGGCCGAGUCAGGCAGUGAGGGUGAGGCUGAGGUUAGGUCAGGUCAGGACAGAGGUCAGGGUGAAACUGGUGAUGUACAGGAAUCAGCAGACAUAACACAGGAUGAACUGUUACAUGACAGACAACAGCACUGCAUGUUUCAGGACACUUGUCUUAUGCCUGUUGAUAUUGGUCAGGAAGCUUUAGAUCAGUAUUUUAAGGAUAUUUUGAACAUUGCGCCUGCAGAAGGGAAUAGUCCGGUAAGAAUGCUUUCUGACCACACGAAUGAGGCAAAGUGUUUCCCUGUGUUGUUCCCUGCGGGUGAUAAGACCUUCCAUGAUGGACGGUCUCAUCACUUGACGUUGUCGCGUUAUCUUAAUAACCGGAUUAUGCAUGCCGACGGUCGUUUUGCGCGGAACGUCGAGUACAUAUUUUUUGCGCAGUACAUGUCAGAGUUGGACAGGGUUGUGUCCAGUGUUUCCGUCGCUUUGCGUAAGGGCAAAGGAGGUCAGAGGCCUCAACGCAUUACUGAGGACAUGUUAACGGAUGCGGACGCCUUGAAGCAGUUGUUGGCAUGUGAUGACGGGUUUAGGUUUCUUAAACCCAUUAGAGGAACUCCGGCCUUCUGGCAGUCUGUUCAGAAGGAUGUGAUGGCUUGCGUGCGUCAGUUGGGUAUUCCGACGUGGUUUUGUUCGUUUUCGUCUGCGGAUAUGCGCUGGCAGAAUCUCCUGACCAGCAUCCUGAAACAGGAAGGCAGAUCGCAGACGGUAGAGGAUUUGGAGUGGGCUGACAGGUGCGAGUUGCUGCGUCGUAAUCCGGUCACCGCGGCGAGGAUGUUUGACUACAGGUGGCAUUGUUUUCUGAAAGAGGUUCUCAUGUCUCCCUGUCAACCAAUCGGCAAAAUAAUCGAUUACUUUUAUAGGGUAGAAUAUCAGCAAAGAGGCUCACCACAUGUACACUGUUUGUUUUGGAUCGAGGGUGCUCCCCAAAUUGAUAGAAACACAGAUGAGGAGGUGGUAAAAUUUAUUGACCGUUACGUUACAUGUGAGCUACCCUCAGAUGAUGACACACUAUUGGACACGGUGUCAUCUGUUCAAACGCAUUCCAAACGACAUUCAAAGUCGUGUAGAAAACACAAAACAAUAUGUCGUUUCAAUUUCCCAAAACCUGUUUCUGCGCGGACAUUCAUUUGUAGAAUGUUAGAAUGCAAGUGUGAUAAGAAAAAGACAGCGGAGACCGAACCUGGUUCAGAAAACAGGCCAGUCUGUAAGUGUUUUGAGGAUAGGGAUAAGAUGCCAGAAAACGUUGCGCAGGCUAUUCUAACAGCUGUUAAGAGAGCUGUAGAAAGUGAUGUGCCUCCUGCUAGUGUAGAGGACUUGUUUUGUGCUUUAGGAAUGAAUCAGGAGAUCUUUGAGCUGGCUUAUAGGCGUUUAGAGAAGAGGCAUAAGGUUGUGUAUAGGAGAGGGGUGAACGAGGUUUGGGUUAAUCAGUAUAGUAAGCAGUUGUUGAAGUGCUGGAACGCUAACAUGGACAUUAGCUUUGUCACCGACGCCUACGCAGUAGUAAUAUACAUACUAUCGUAUAUUACGAAAGCAGAGAGAGAAAUUGGCCUAUUAUUGACUAAUGCCCAAAAAGAAGCCAAAACACAAGGGAAUCUCUCUGCUAAAGAAGCCCUGCGGAAGCUGGGCAGUGUAUAUUUACACAACAGAGAUGUUUGUGCGCAGGAGGCGGUGUAUAGGCUAACGAACAUGCACCUGAAAGAGUGUUCCAGGAAGGUCGUGUUUGUGCCGACAGGUAGCAGGAUAGUUAGGAUGAGUUUGCCCCUUAGUGUUUUGAGGCAGAAGGCAGCCUCCCGUGAUCUUGGGGAGGAUGAGAUGUGGAUGACAGGCAUAGUGGAUAGAUAUAAGAAUAGGCCUAACAGCGAUGUGUUUGCAAACAUGUGUAUGGCCACCUUUGCAUCUGAGUAUCGUGUUCUCACCAAAAAUGAAAAGUCUAAGGACAGAAUUCAAUUGAACAAUGAUUUAGGAUUUAUUCUGAGGAGAACACGCACUCAGUUUGCAGUGGUGCGGUACAUGCGUUUCAGUUUGGAUAGACAGGAAGAGGCACAUUUUCAGAGCCUGCUGCAGUUGUUUCUUCCUUAUAGAACUGACUCAGACCUCAAACCUGAAGGCUUUGAGCUGUUUGAGCAGUUCUAUAACGAUGGCCAGGUGACGUUUAGCGACGGGUCUGUGCAUUUGGUUCGCAAUGUUGUCGGCGAGAAUAGGGCCAGGUUUGAGGUCAAUUGUCCUCAUCUUGAGUUAGCUCAGGAGAUAGCUGCGCAGAACAACGGGGUAGAUGAAGAUGUUUGGGGUGAGCUGUGUCCUGAACAGGAAGCGGAACGCCUUGAAGGUUUAGAGGAGAGGAGGCAGCAGCGGGAAGGUGAGAUAGCUGAGGAACAGUUAGUUGAAGCGAUGGAGAAUGUUCCAGAUUUGAUUGUUGGUGGCAGACAGGUAGCACAGGUAGAGAGAAACAGGUCCAUUUUGUCUAGAAGUGACGGUUUGGCGCUCAUUAGGUCUCUGAAUGAGACACAGCUGGCUGUUUUUUAUAAGGUGAGACAGUGGUGUUUGCAGAAGGUGAUGGGUAAAAACCCAGAGCCUCUGCGUGUAUUUGUGACAGGUGGCGCAGGAACGGGGAAAAGUCAUUUGAUUAGGGCUAUUGAGUAUGAGGCAGGGAGGCUGCUGUCAACACUUUGUGAACAACCAGACGAUAUCUGUGUUUUGCUAACUGCUCCUACUGGCAUAGCUGCAUACAAUUUAAAUGCAGCAACAAUUCAUCACACAUUGAGUAUUGGCAAACAGGCUAGUUUACCUUACACCCCUCUGGGUGAAGAUAAACUAAACUCUUUGCGAGCUAAAUUGAGUCACCUCCAAAUUUUAAUUAUUGAUGAAAUCAGUAUGGUAGAUCACAACGUGUUGGCUUAUGUGCAUGGUAGGUUGAGGCAGGUGAAGCAGACAGGCGACUUUUCCCCGUUCGGUAAUGUUAGUGUGAUAGCUGUCGGGGACUUCUAUCAGUUGCCUCCUGUUAAAGGGAAGCCUCUGUAUAGUAGUCCUGUUGGUGUGGACCUGUGGUGCAAUUUCAGCAUCGUGGAGCUGAAAAAGAUAGUUAGGCAGAAGGAUAGUGUUUUUGCUGAGCUGCUUAAUAGGUUAAGAGUGCGUUCCAGGGCCACCCCAAUGUUAGAUAGCGAUGUUGAAAUGCUGAAGAUGCGCGAGACCGGCGAGGUGAGCUCAGCCUUGCAUAUCUUUGCGACGAAUAGGCAAGUAAGUGAGCACAACCUAAAUUAUCUGUUUGACUGUUGUCCUGAUUAUGUCACCAUUGAAGCGCAAGACUUCGUGAAUAACAGGACAACAGGGAAUUUGGAACGGAUGCCUGGGCAUCACGGCGUUGCGGCGGACACGUCUUUACCAGAGACUCUGUGUUUAGCGAGGAACGCGCGAGUGAUGUUAUGUAAGAAUGUGGAUGUUGCGGACGGCCUGGUCAAUGGAGCAUGUGGCACGGUUACUCAGUUAGUUUUUGGAGAGGAUUCCACGUUUCCUCUCACCGUGUAUGUCAGAUUUGAUGAUGAGAAUAUUGGUUCAGAUAGGAGGAAAAAACGUGCACAUGCAGCAGUAGAAUGCCUGCAGUCUACUGCCAUUGAUCCCGAGACGGAAAGAGCCACUAAACGUGGCGGUGUGCGUCGUCAGUUUCCUCUGAGGUUAGCGUGGGCUUGCACUGUUCACAAAGUGCAAGGACUCACUGUAGAUGAGGCGGUGGUGUCUUUGAAGAGGGUGUUUGCACCGGGGCAGGCAUAUGUAGCGCUGAGUCGUGUUAGGGCCUUGUCUGGACUGAUCAUCAGGGAUUUUACAGAGAAGGUAAUUUACUGCAAGGACGCCAUAAAGGAGGCCUUGGAUAGUAUGCCUCCAUUUUUGAUUGAGCAGCCAAAGCCUUCAUUAAAUGCACACAGUUUCUCUGUGUAUUUAAUGAACGUUCAAAAUUUAAGUCGCCACUUGGUAGAUUUGGUGUCUUGCACGCAGCAUUUACAGCUUAACUGUAUUGCUGUGACAGAAACGUGGCUCACUGCACAGUCCUCAUUAGACGGUGUCCAAAUUGAAGGUUACACUUUCCACAGUCGUCCUCGAGGCUUGUGUUACAGCAGCAGUAACCCCAAAUUGUUAGAGUUAAAGGACCUAGAACAUGGUGGAGUUGGUUUGUAUAGUGUAGACAAUUUGGACUGUAACAUUCUGCAGGUACCCGAUUUGAAUCUGGAGUGUUUGGUGUGCCUGUGCAACAAAUUUAACAUAUUGUUGGCAGUAAUAUAUCGUCCACCAUGUUAUCCAAAUUCUUUAUUCAAACAAAAUCUGGGGAGGUUACUUGAUUGGUUACAUCCAAUCAGUAACACAAUUGUAAUAAUGGGGGAUUUCAAUGACAACAUCUUAAAAACAUCAUCAAUUUCCAAAUUUAUGGGUGAAAAAGGUUUUAGUCAGCAUGUAACACAAGAGACUACAGAGAAGGGGACACUAAUUGAUCAUGUUUAUGUGAAAACAACACAGUAUAAUGUCGAAUGUGCAGUGAUGCCCACGUAUUUUAGUGAUCACGAAGGUGUUUUGUGUAGUUUUAGUGUUAACGAUGAUCAGGGGUUAGUCGUUGACUUCGAGGAGGUAGAGGGCCUCUUCGAGUCAGACGUAGAUUUUGAUGAGGAUUAGGUUGUGUUUGGCAAAGGAGGCAAACAAUGAAUUCACACUACCGGUGUAAAUUCUUUGUUUGAUGAGUCAAACGGAGCUACAUUGCAGUGUCCCGGUGCAAAUGUUAGUGUUGUUUGUGUGUUGGUGUAGUGCAGGUUUAUCUGUAGCUUUUUAAGAGGAAACUGACUUGUGGUGUGUUGUGUUGUUCAUGGUGUGUACAUUAGCUACCACUAUGAAUGUUGUCUUUGUGUAGAGCCUGUCCCACUUAAAUUGUAUAGAUUGUGUUAUUUAUUUUUAUAGAUAUUUAUAGUAUUUAUAUCAUAUUUAUUGGGAUUUUAGAUUGUUAUUUAUUGUAUUUAUGAAUAGUAUUUAUACUAUGUAUUUAUUAUUGCAAUUUUAGAUUAUGAAUUAUGUGGAAGUGUCAUGUAUUUAUUAUAUGGAAUUGAUUAUGUUGAGAUUUUAGAUUAGGCAAAUCAUGUGUUCCAGGUGGAAGUUGUAGUUAUGGAGAAUCAUGUGUAGGGACGUAAUUCAUGUAAUCGUGUGUCACAGGUGUUAGUAAUUAUGAAUGUGUUAGUCUCUGUUUGCCACGUGUUAGCUGUUUGACUAUGUUCAAAAAUUAAAUGUAUAUCUGUUCAAAGUUGUAUAUAGUUCUGCAUGUUUGAGUUCAUGUCGCCUUCAUGUGUACUGUCUGUAUACAAGAGGUUCACUUUCAAUAUUUAAGUGCUCCUCUGGUGUGCAUGAACUCAGAGCAAAUCUGUUGUGGCACAACAAGGCACAGACUUCUCAUUCUGUAUGCCUGAGCUGCCAAAACAGGACAGUUAAAUUAAAAUAAAUACAUAAAUAAAUGUAUGUAUGUAUGUAUGUAUGUGUAUGUAUAAAUAAAUAAAUAAAUAAAUAAAUAAAUAAAUAAAUAAAUAAAUAGUAAAUAAAUAAAAACAACACAAAGAAACAUUUGCCUUAGAAUUUGUCUUUGUUUACUCUGAGGGGAACUUCCUGGUGGAAGAUGCUCCUGUGGUGCAGCGUCCCCAGCCUCCGUACCCCCAAGUGAUGGUGAUGUGGCCUUGUACCAAGUGGGAUCGUGAGACACAGACAGCACAUGUGGUGUUUUUUAUGAUUACAUUUAUUUUCAGUAACUGACAUAUUCUCUGGACAUAGAUACAUCUACAUGUUGAUGAAAUUGUUUUGAAAAAUAAAUUAUAUAUUGUUAAGCACAAAAUGUUGUCUGUGAUAUGUUAUAAAUGAAGGUGGUUUCUAUAUGGUGUGGAAAAACAACCGUUGGUAGUAAUUCGGUAGUAAGUAGUAAUAGUAGUCCUGCUUUACUGUGUU